AUGGCUGCACAAUUUUAUGAAAGAAACACCAGCGGGAUGAACGCUGAUAGAUUCAUGGCUCGUUUGACCGAUGAAUCUACAGUUAAUACAAUGCAAAGACAUUAUUGGACAGCUCGCCAAUUUAUUAGGACGAAAUUGGGGAAAAAGGAGGAUGAGCAUCUAGAAGCCAGUGACAUUGAAUUAGACACCUGUUUGAAUCUGUACAGAUCUGUUCAUGGAACUUCCUUCCAACUUCUGAACAAUGUGGAUAACUACGCCAACUUUCUUCUUGACGAAACUCUUGUUCAAAAUGUGCUUGGAAAGUAUCUGAAAGAAAAAGGAAAGAUAGACAAAACCGAAGCAGUCGGUCGAAUUCUGAUAGCUGUUGGAAGAUCAUUGUUGUUCUCUAGUCAUCGAUUGAAUGCUGCCAGAAUUGGAGUUUCAACAUUUUACAAUAAGCUGAGUGUGUUUGUUGAAAGAGCAAUUGGCGAUUGCUCCCAAACAAUAGAAGCAGUACAAAUGUGCCGAACCGAGUACCGAGGAAGUCUUUUAUGGAUGAAGAAAACGAGUGAAGAGUUGGAUCCUGAAGUUGAUGGAUCAAUGGAAAAAUUCAGAGAAGCCCAGGCAACUGUCAAAACGAAUAAAGAAAGAUUGGAUAGGUUGAAGACGGAUACUUUACAAAAGGUUGAUCUCCUCUCUGCCUCUCGCUCGAAUCUGCUGUCUUAUGUGCUGACCCACUACCAGAACGAGCUGUUUGAAUACUACUCGAAGACGUCAAGAGCUUUCGAAACAUUGGCUGAAAACAUCAAUUGUUAUAAUAACUACGACUUUGAGGUUUUGAGCCAUCUUGCAACCGGAACAAAACCUGAAAAAGAAAGAAGAGCAGAAAAAGAGAGACAGGAAACAACUAAAUCGACUCAACCGACAAAAAACAACGAGGAAGAGCUGAAAAAUUUGUUUUUCGGAAGAGAUAGUCCAAUCUUUGGAAUGGAUGAACAAGAAGAAUCGAGGUCACAAUGUGAUAGUCCUCUUAUUGAAGAUGAGAUGGACAGAGAACAAAAAGAUUCUCGAAAUGGAGAUCUUCUGGAUUUUGAAUCAGCUGCUUCCAUUGCAUUUCCAGUUGGUCCACUCGCUGCACUUUUCGAUUCAUCUUCAUUUGUUCCCCCAAUUCUUCCUCCUCCGGGACCUUCAAUCAAACAAGCAUCAGAUGACAUUUUAUCUCUUUUCGAUGGAAUUAAGACAUCCAAAACGGCAGAUUCUUCGUCAGCUUUGAAUUGGCAGUCGUUGAUCGACGAUUUCGACAGACAAAACGAGGAUAAUUUGUUGUAA